UGAAGGCGAGAAAGACAGAAAGACAAAGAGAGUCAGGAAGCAUCUGGUCAACAGAGUGGAGAUACAGCAGCGACUCGAGAUCAGGACUUUGGAGAGCGCAGCGGACAGAGCAAAAAUCUGACAACUUCCUCUAGAGUACAUGUGUAAAGCGAUGUUACAACGAACCGGCCCCCAGCUGCUUUUCCUAAUAGCCCUGUGCAGUGUGUUAUACUCCCGGACUCUGAGUCUGCCGUACACAUCCAUGAGACCGACGAGACACGCAGACGGUCUGUUCACCAGCGGAUACAGCAAACUCCUCGGACAGCUAUCAGCGCGGAGGUACCUGGAGUCUCUGAUCGGGAAGCGGGUCAGUGAUGAGCUGAUGGAGGAGCCAGUGAAGCGCCACUCAGACGCAAUCUUUACAGACAACUACAGCCGCUUCCGCAAACAGAUGGCCGUCAAGAAGUACCUGAACUCAGUCUUAACAGGAAAGAGAAGCCUAGAAGAUCCUGGAACCAGCGACUUGGAGGAGUCCAGGGACGAACCAAACUCUUUCCAGGAGAGCUACAAUGACAUCAAUGUGGAUCACCUCCUAAACAACCUUCAACUGCCACUUUGAGGAGGGGCCCAUGCUGGAGUGAAUACCUCAAGUCAUCUUCAUGAAACCGCCCAUUCCAAAACCAACAGAGUAUUAAUCCAAAGGACAUUUGAAAGUCAAAUCAACCAAUGAUGAUGUGUUCUCCAAUGUGGUUAUCUAUCUAUUCAUACACACAGUACAUGUUUACACUGUAUAUAUACAGUAUAUAUAUACUAAUCACUAAAGAUUUUGGGCCAAAGACUGCGGGCCGCACUGAGCAACAUGCAUGUCCACGAGCAGUUUGGUCAUCAGCGUUUGAAAAUGACAACUGGCAACAGUAAAUAUAAACAAAAUAACUAUGUUUACUUUCUUUGUUCCAUUUAUUUUUAAUGGAAUCAUUUUCUUAUAACUUUUUAUGUAGUUACCACUGUCCUAUUAAAUUUGAGUGAAAUUUGUCCCAUCAACCUUCAGUGAAACGUUUGACCCAUUGAAUGUCAAUAGAACAGCAUUUACUUUCAGUAGCGUACCUUUCCCAUUGAUUUUCAGUGGAUCUACUGUAACCUUAGUUUUAAGUGACCAAGGUUUGUUCAGUUAACUUUGAAUGAAAAAAUAAGUCUGAUUGAAUUCUUGUGAAAUUUCACUCACAUUAAAUCUCAAUGGAGAAUGUGUCCAACUAACCUUCAGUGCAACACUAGUACUAUCGGCUUUCAGUGGGAAUCAUUGCUUUGCAGAAAUUUAACUUCAACAGAACCAUUUAGUAUUAAUCAGAAGAUACUUGUAUACUAUAAAAUGGAAUUUUGCUGCUGCCCUAUUAAAUUUGAGUGAAAUUUGUGCCAUCAACUUUCAUUUGAACACUUGACCCAUUGAACAUCAAUGGAGCAGCAUUUACUUUUACUUUUCUAUUGAAUUUUAGUGGAUCUGUUGUGACUUUGGCAUUAAGAAGAAACCAACAUUUGUUCAAUUAACUUUGAAUGGACCAUCUGUGUGAUUGAAUUUUGACUCAUAUCCACUAACAAGUACUUCCAUUAACUUUCAAUGGAGAACUUGUACAAAUAAUAUUCAAUGAAACACUAGCACUAUGAGCUUUCAGUGAAAUCACUGCUUUAUUAAAAAAGAAAAAUCACUGGACUAUUUGUCACAUUUUGUUUCAAGAUAACUGUUCUAUUAACUUUCAGUGGAAAGAUUUCUCCCGAUAACAUUCAGUGAACUAACUUCUAUAAAAUUUGAGUGGAAAUUGAAAUGACUUUCAGUUAAACAUUUGCCUUGUUGAACGUCAAUGGAACAGCAUUGAUUUUUAUGUAUUCAUUUUGUUUUCAGUGUAUCUAUCCCUUUAGCUUUAAGUUAAACAUUUGUGAAACAACAGUUAACUUUAAAUGGAACAUCUGUCUAAUUGGAUUCUGAUUAAUUGAACUAAUAUUAACCAAUAGUUCCAUUAACUUUCAAUGGAGAACUCUAGCACCAUUGGUUUUCAGUGGAAUCUGUGCUUUAUAAAAAUUAUAUUGCCUCAUUUACCGUUAAUAGAACAAUAGCUGCAUACAAUUACAAUGAAACAUUUGAUUGAUUCCAUUUCAUUGGGAAGAUAACUUUCCUCACAUGUAUUGUUCGAUUACAAAUGGGACAACAAAUAGGGACAAGUUUCAACAGAACAUCUGUUGUGUUAAGUACAAAUAAGCCGUUGUCACAUCCAUUUUCAACGGUGCAAUCAUGAUGUAAGUGCCGACUGAAUUGUUUUAGAGAAUCCAAACAUGGUCAUUUGAUGAUUAAAAAAAAGAUACAGGAGAAAGAGGAAGUGGAAAACAUUUUGAAUGGACGCUGAUGCAUAUAAUCACUUUAUACUAUUCAAUAUGUAGAGCAAAGACGUUAUAACUGAGCAUAGACCUGCCUUUAGUGCAUAUAGUGAUGUACACCACUCACCAAAUAAAAUAUAUUGUUUUAUUUUUCAAA